CGAAUAUUUCAAUUGUUUCGCCAAAUACUAGUGCAUCGGUAGGAUUCAUGGAUGUGUUUUCGAAAUUCAAGAGGUUAGGAGAAUGUCAGUAAACGAACAUUCGUACGAGAUUGCUGAGGAAAAAGACCAAGCAGCAGAGGUUAUUCGUUUAGUGACCUUUAAAGUCAUGUGUGGUGUGGAACGCGAUAAGUAAGGCAGAACCUCAGGUUCGCCUGAGAGCUGUCAUACAUGUGCAAUGGACCCAUUUGUCACACGCAUCGGCGAUGUUACGAUUGAAAGGGUGGUACCACGAGGAUGUGCAAAGGAUGGGCACAUCCCGGUACCAUCCGUCAGCCUCGCGAAGAGGGAAGCCAAUGGCAGUGAGGAGGCUUUGGCAGAGGGCAUCAAUGUCAGCGAAGACCUCCAAAUCUUUUUAAAGCCCCCACCUGAAGGAAUGCUACGAGAUCAACAACUCCUGCAGCGUCAACCUCAGUUCCAUAUGCCUCAGCAACAUAUCCAGCAACAAAACCGCUUCCAUCAGCAGCACACUCAGCAUUCACAACUGAAUCAGCACCUGCAAACCCACAGUUUUCAGCAGUUAAACCAAAACCAGCAAACUCUAAUGCAACAACAGUUAUCACAGGGGCAGAAUCAAAUGACACAGAGUGAGCAACAUGUGAACCAACAACAAAUCAGCCAUAAUCAACACAGUCACAUGAUGCCGAACCCAGUGAGCCAACAGCAUCAGUCGAGUAUGGGUCAUUUGCAAGAUAGCAUCAAGCAAAACCAAAGCCAUAACCAAUCUCUGAAUGCACAGCUUACACAGAAUCAUCAGCUGGCCCAGCAUGAACAAAAUCACAUGCAGAUGAAUCUGCCACAACAAGUGUCUAAUCAGAUGCAACAAAUGCAAAGCCACCAGCCCCUUAGUCAGCAUCAGGUUAGCUCUAGUCAGCAGCUUAGCAGCCAGCAAGAGCAG